CCAGACCUUAAAAUACACUAGUGUUUCUGCUCCUGAGGUUAUCACUUAUUUCUUGGUGUAGCUCUCACCUUCCUGUGAUUUGGACUUUGAAGAAGAAUCUUCGGUGAUCCCGGAGCUUGGACAGCCAAUGGUGCAGUGCUUUCAAGUGAAGAGGUCUUGCUGAUGGAUUUAUAGCAGUCUCAAGCUACUGUUGUGAUUUCUCUUCAUUUUCUGGCCUGAAAGGACAUUCAGAGAAAGAGGAAGAAAUGGCAGUUUCACAGUGCUCAGUGACCUAUGAAGAUGUAACUAUGAUAUUCACUCCAGAGGAGUGGACACUAUUAAAUCCUUCAGAGAAGAAACUCUACAGAGAUGUGAUGUGGGAAACUUUUAGGAACUUUCUCUCAGUAGAAAAAUUACAAAAGGACCAUUCCAACAAAGAGCAGCAGCAUAACCAUCAAGGAACUAAACAAAGUAACACAGUGAAAAUCACUGACAUCAAAGAGAGAAGUCAAAGUGGUGAAAAAACUCAAGGUGAAGAAUACAACAGAGUAUUUAAUUACUCUAGUCAUCUUCAAAAACAUAAAAUAAUUCAUAUUAGAGAGAAGCUUUAUGAAUGUAAACAUCGGAAAACAUUCAGUCAGUACAGUUCUUUUGGAGAACAUAAAAGAGUGCACAGGAGAGAAAAACCCUAUAGGCAAAGCACUUUUCUUCAGAAACACAAAAGAACUCACAGUGGAGAGAAACCCUAUGAAUGUGAAGAACAUAGUAAAACAUUUGGUUGCCCCAGUCAUCUUCAAAGACAUAAAAUAACUCAAAGUGGAGAGAAACUCUAUGAAUGUAAACAAUGUAGUAAAACAUUCAGGCAUUCCAGUAAUCUUCAGGUACAUGAAAGAACGCACAGUGGAGAGAAACCCUAUGAAUGUAAACAAUGUAGCAAGGCAUUCAGUUCUUCCAGUUCUCUUCGGGUUCAUGAAAGAACUCACAGUGGAGAGAAACCCUAUGAAUGUAAACAAUGUUGUAAAACAUUCAGGCAUUCUGGUCAUCUUCAGGUACAUGAAAGAACUCACAGUGGAGAGAAACCCUAUGAAUGUAAACAAUGUAGUAAAACAUUCAGUCAAGCUAGUCAUCUUAGGGUACAUGAAAGAACUCACAGUGGAGAAAAACCUUAUGAAUGUAUACAAUGUAGUAAAACAUUCAGUUGUUCCAGUCAUCUUAGGGUACAUGAAAGAACUCACAGUGGAGAGAAACCCUAUGAAUGUAAACAAUGUAGGAAAACAUUCAGUCAGGCCUGUCAUCUUAGGGUACAUGAAAGAAUUCAUAGUGGAGAGAAACCCUAUGAAUGUAAACUAUGUAGGAAAAUGUUCAGUCAGGCCUAUCAUCUUAGGGUACAUGAAAGAAUUCACAGUGGAGAGAAACCCUAUGAAUGUAAACAAUGUAGGAAAAUGUUCAGUCAGGCCUAUCAUCUUAGGGUACAUGAAAGAAUUCACAGUGGAGAGAAACCCUAUGAAUGUAAACAAUGUAGGUAAACAUUUAGUUGUUACAGUACUCUUCAGUUACAUGAAAGAACUCACAGUAGAGUGGUCUGGGAGGUGGUGCAGCAAUAAAGCUUUGGACUCUCAAGCAUGAGGUCCUGAGUUCGAUCCCCAGUAGCACAUGUGCCAGAGUGAUGUCUGGUUCUUUCUCCUAUCUCAUAGAUAAAAUAUUUUUUAAAAAAAGAACUCACAUUAGAGAGAAACCCUAUGAAUGUAAAAAAUGUAAAACACUCAGGUAUUUCAGUAAUCUUCGGGAACAUGAUAGAAUUCACAGUGAAAAUAAAGCCUAUGAAUGUAAACAAUGUAGUAAAACAUUCAGUCAAUGCAGUUCUCUUCAGAAUCAUGAAAGAACUCACGGUGACUAGAAACCCUAGGAACACCCAGCUGUUGGAGAUGAUGUCGUGGAAAGGGCCUCAACAUUGCAGUUUGUAAAUGGGUUCUACCCCCUAUCAAAAAUAUUAUGUAGAUUCAUCAUACAUUAGAUUUGACAUAACUUAUCAAUGCCCAAUCCUUUUCCUUGCGAUUUACUUAGGAAAAAUAAGAACACCUAUGCCAUAUAUAUCCGCUUGAGUAAAACUUGAAUACAUCUUGAGUGAGAUAAGCCAAAAAUAGAAACAAAUAUCAGUGAUCUCAAUUAUUAAUGGGACUUAAUAGAGACCUUUGAAUCCAACCAUAUUGUGAAUUGUCUCAGGAGUAGAGCAAGUACCUUGCAUCCAUUAAGCACUGGGCAUAAUACUUUGUUUCAUAUACAAAUAAGAUAAUAAAGUGGAAACCAGACUGUGGCACACCUGAUUAUAAAUGCACAUAGUACCAAAUGUAAGGACUUGCACAAGAUGAGGAUUAAAACUCCCAGCUCCUCGCCUAUAAGGGGUUUGCUUAAAAUGCAGUGAAGCAGGUUUGUCUGUUUUUCUCCCUCUCUAUGUUAUCAUCUAUAUUUAGUGUAGAAAGAUAGCCAAAAGUUGAGAUAAAGGGGGAUAUAGUGAAGGAGAGGGAGCACUGCUUCACUUGUGAAGCUUUCCUUCUGUAGGUGGGGACUGGGGACUUGAACCCAUAACCUCAUAUUUCUCUUAGUAGAAGGCAAAGUAAUUCAUUGAAAGAAACUUCCUUGUUCUUAGUGCCUGUUGAGUCAUGUUCAACAUACUUAUUAGGGGAUAGGUGGUGGCAUCCCUGGUUGGUCACACAUGUUACAAUGUGCUAGAACCCGGGUUCAAGCCCCUGGUCCACACCUGCAGUGGGAAAGCUUCACAAGUGUUGAAGCAGUGCUGCAGGUGUCUCUCUGUCUCUUUCCCUCUUUGUAUCCCCCUUCCUCUCAAUUUCUGGCUGUCUCUAUACAAUAAAAAU